AGACAGCAGACAGUCCAAGUGGGAGCACACCAGAAGCCAAAGAGCAACUGGAACUGCAACUGGGAGUCAAGAUGACGAGAUCGACCUACAUUUGGGCGCUGGCCGCCUGCCUGAUCGCCUGUGCGAGCGCCAACUACGGCAGUUCCCAGGGCUAUGGACCCGAGUCCGGAAACGGAGUCGCCGAUGGCGGUGCUGAAGCCGCAGCUGCUGCCGGCGGUGCCGGCGGAGCUGGUGGCGAGUUCGGUGGUGCUGGCGCCGGUGCUGGUGCUCUCGAAUCCGGAGCCGAUGCCGCUGGCGUGGCACAGGCUGGCCAGAGCAGCUACGGCUCGGACCAGAACAUCCCGUACAAGCCGGUGAACACCAAGGGCAACACCCUGACCUCAUCGAUCACCUACCCGCAGAACAAGGGAGAGAUCCUCAUCCAUCGUCCCGCACCCAUCAUUGUCAAGCGUCCGCCCACCAAGGUGCUGGUGAACCAUCCUCCAUUGGUGGUGAAGCCCGCUCCCGUGGUGCUCCACAAGCCCCCAGCAAUCGUUCUCCGCAAGGUCUACGUCAAGCACCACCCACGUCGCGUCAAGGUGGAGCCCGUGUUCGUCAAUGUGGUCAAGCCCCCAGCAGAGAAGUACUUCGUUAACGAGAACAAGCAGGGCUACGGACAGGGCUCCCAGUCCCACGGACACGGCCAUGGACACGGUGGCCAUGGACACGGACACAACGGACACGGACACGGUGGACACGGUGCUGGACCCCAUGGUCCAGGACCCCAUGACGGUGGCCGUGCCCUGCCCGCCUACGCUUCGGGAGCUGAUUCCGCCGCCGCCAGCGCUGGCUACCAGCUGCUCCAGAGCGGUAACCAGGGUCUGUCCGCCCUCGCCAGCAUCGCCGGCGAGCGUGAGGGUCCCUAUGGUCCUGGCCCAAGCCAGCAGCACUAUAGCGCCGGUCCAGCCGGACACGAUGGCUAUGCUGCUCCCGCCUAUUAGGUGGCAAAAGCGGAGAAGUUACGGAUUGGAUGACUGCUGUGGCUCCGGAAUUACCUGAAGCGGCUGUUCAGUCAUCCGCUUAUCCGGCUGAUUUACGUUGUUUUUACAAAACACAGCCUGAUCGUUCAACGCCCAUGCCCACGCCCACACAUGCACACCCCAUACCACCCACCCACCCAUUUAACGGCUAAGGGGGGCCUGGCAUUCAGGUUUCUUUGCAAA